AUGGCUGCGUUUAGAAGCAUGUCCACUCCUCCUACGCCUUUAUCCAAUUCUCCAAUGUCUUUACUUCUCGGUCUGCUCUCGAGAUUACCUCUUUACAUGUUGUGCAAAACCAUUCGCCAGUUGGAACCGAUGAACAUGGAGGUCUCAUGCAAUAGAUGUGAUACGCAUCAUCACACCCAUCGCACAAGACUAUCUUAUCAUCAUCCUUGUCAGUUAGACAAUUUCUGCAUAAGCACGACGAGCAAUACCAACGAACACCGUUGUCCAACACGUUGUUUUCGAAAGGGUGAGAACACACCUUACUGCUGCGUCGGCAGGAUACUACGUUUGCAGAUGCCUCGUCGUACUAUCCGUCGGUAA